AGAAAUGCAUAUGUUAUGAUAGGAAGCCGUAGACACAAACUGGUGUAAGAGCCCGUUCUAUUCACCUUAAUUUAACUAGGACUCUUGUUGCAGUGAUAAUUAACUUAAUCAGAACUGGAGUGUGGAUAACUAGAGUUAAAAGUUGAGGAGAGCCAGCCUUAAGUCAAGAGGUUGACAUUAGGAUUAUUAGAUUCGACAAGUUUCAGAGAGAAUGCUGAUUGGUCUUAGGACUUGGAAGAAGUCCAGCAACCUCUUAAAGUUAAUGAUUGUUAGUUUGAUGAAGCAUAAUCCUCCUUCUAAAGGUUCCUUGGACAUUCUUUUGGAAACGAUAAGAAGAACGUGGUAGGUUUAUUCAUAAGAUUGAGUGCCAUAAUUUGGAUUGGUUAAAUCUGUAGUAUGUGCAAAUGAGUGCAGGAUAUGUAUAUUCGCGUUAAGCGGGAUAAGACAACCUACUUCAUCCAGUGUCAACCAACUGAGACAAUUGAACAAAUUAAGGGUAAAUUGCAUGCUCUUACAGAACAUCCCAUAAAAGAUCAGCGCCUGAUUCUAUUGGAAACUGGGGGGAUUUUGGAUGAUGCAAAGACAUUGGCAGAUCAGAAGGUUGCUAAUGAUGCUGUAGUGGCACUGGCUUUGAGACAAGGUGACAACGGAUUUGAGGAUGUGAAUAUCGGGAAACCAGAAGAUUUUAUGCCAACCUUGUGAUCUAGACCGCAGUGCCAAUUGGUGAUGCAGGGCGAAGUGGAACCAUCAUUGCUUUCCCUAGUAACAUAUUUUCGCAUGUAUUUUGCAAUAGCUGUUUUUAGUUUUAUUAACCUCUUCACAUUUUGUAAUGUGGAUCUUAUUUGUGCUAGCUUUGUGGAAAGACUAGAAGUUGCCAUUUUUACGCUCUUCUUGUUAGCUUGGGCAAUCGCAGUGCAUCCGACUAGGGUGUCUGCUCUAGACAUUUUAAGUUACUCCAUGGCCCUAUUUGGUAACAACGUUAGAGGUUAGAAGUAGUAUUUUGAAAAAGACUGGCCUUUUCAAAGCUAAUCAAAACACUGUUAUUCCCAAACAAGCCCUGAAAACACAAUUAUUCCCAAAAAGGGCCUAUCUGUGACGGAAAUGGAAGUUUCCCAAACAUGGCAAAUUCUCAAAUGCAGUGUAGGAAAUUAUGGAUAUAUUGCAUAAACAAUGAAAUAUUACUCCAUAU